AUGCGGAUAGAAGAGAGCGAAGGCGUCUCGGCGUCGAGGAAGCACCUCGUCUUCGCUUACUACGUCACCGGCCAUGGCUUCGGCCACGCCACUCGUGUUGUCGAGGUGGUAAGGAAUCUGAUUCUGGCUGGGCAUGACGUCCACGUGGUUACGGGUGCUCCUGAUUUUGUGUUCACUUCAGAGAUACAGUCUCCCCGGCUCUUCAUCCGCAAGGUACUUCUGGACUGCGGUGCAGUCCAAGCGGAUGCAUUGACAGUUGAUCGGCUUGCUUCCUUGGAGAAGUACUCAGAGACGGCAGUUAUACCCCGGGAAUCCAUUCUGGCAACUGAGGUAGAGUGGCUCAAUAGCAUCAAAGUUGACUUAGUGGUUUCAGAUGUUGUUCCAGUUGCUUGCCGUGCUGCAGCUGAAGCUGGCAUUCGAUCCGUUUGUGUCACCAACUUUAGUUGGGAUUUCAUAUAUGCAGAGUAUGUAAUGGCGGCUGGGAAUCAUCACCGUUCAAUAGUUUGGCAGAUUGCAGAGGACUAUUCUCAUUGCGAGUUCCUUAUCCGUCUCCCUGGAUAUUGCCCCAUGCCGGCAUUCCGUGAUGUCAUCGAUGUACCCCUAGUUGUCAGGAGGUUGCAUAAGUCCCGCAAAGAGAUAAGAAAGGAACUUGCCAUUGAAGAAGAUGUGAAGGUUGUUAUCCUUAACUUUGGUGGACAGCCGUCUGGCUGGAAGCUGAAGGAGGAGUUUCUGCCCCCUGGUUGGUUGUGCCUGGUGUGUGGUGCAUCUGAUACACAAGAGCUUCCACCAAAUUUCAUAAAACUAGCGAAAGAUGCCUACACACCUGAUGUUAUGGCAGCAUCGGACUGCAUGCUAGGAAAGAUUGGGUAUGGGACUGUUAGUGAAGCCUUGGCGUACAAAUUACCAUUUGUGUUUGUACGGAGAGAUUAUUUUAAUGAAGAGCCAUUCUUACGGAAUAUGCUUGAGUAUUAUCAAGGUGGUGUCGAGAUGAUUCGAAGAGAUUUACUAACUGGGCACUGGAAACCUUACCUUGAACGUGCAAUCAGCUUAAAACCAUGUUAUGAGGGUGGGAUUAAUGGUGGUGAGGUCGCAGCUCAUAUUAUACAAGAGACAGCUAUUGGGAAGAACUAUGCCUCGGAUAAGUUGAGUGGCGCAAGAAGAUUACGGGAUGCAAUAGUUCUAGGAUAUCAACUACAAAGGGCCCCUGGAAGGGAUAUACUCGUCCCAGAAUGGUAUGCAAAUGCUGCAAAUGAACUUAGUAAGUCUACAGGGUCAUCAACUGUGUCAGCAGCUGAGGGUGGACACCUAAUGAGCUCAUAUAUAGAAGAUUUUGAAAUUCUUCAUGGUGACCUUCAAGGCCUACCAGAUACAAUGAGCUUCUUGAAGAGCAUGGCAGAGCUAGAUGCUAUAAAUGAAUAUGAAAAUAAUUCAGAGAAGCGUCAAAUGCGGGAGCGUAAAGCUGCUGCAGGACUUUUCAAUUGGGAGGAAGAUAUCUAUGUGGCUAGAGCGCCCGGUAGGUUGGAUGUGAUGGGAGGCAUAGCUGACUAUUCAGGAAGCCUUGUAUUACAGUUGCCUACAAGAGAAGCUUGUCAUGUUGCCGUGCAGAGGAAUGAUCCUAACAAACAUAAGCUCUGGAAACAUGCCCAGGAAAGGCAAAAUACAAAGGGCCAACAACCUACCCCUGUUCUUCAGAUUGUGUCUUAUGGGUCUGAGUUAAGCAAUCGUGGCCCGACUUUUGACAUGGAUUUAUCUGAUUUCAUUGAAGAUGGGCAGCCAAUACCAUAUGAGAAGGCAAAGAAAUACUUUGCUCAAGAUCCAUCACAAAAGUGGGCAGCAUAUGUUGCAGGGACCAUUUUGGUUUUGAUGAAAGAACUAGGUGUGCGAUUUGAAGAUAGCAUCAGCAUGCUGGUUUCUUCUGCUGUCCCUGAAGGCAAAGGCGUGUCUUCUUCAGCCUCUGUGGAAGUCGCAAGCAUGUCUGCUAUUGCUGCUGCUCAUGGAUUGAGCAUCAGCCCAAGAGAUAUUGCGUUGCUCAGCCAAAAGGUGGAGAACCACAUCGUUGGAGCCCCUUGUGGUGUAAUGGAUCAGAUGACUUCAGCAUGUGGUGAAGCUAACAAGCUUCUGGCUAUGGUUUGCCAGCCUGCUGAGGUAAUUGGGCUAGUUGAAAUCCCUAACCAUAUUCGUUUCUGGGGCAUUGAUUCCGGGAUACGUCACAGUGUUGGUGGUGCGGACUAUGGAUCUGUGAGAAUUGGAGCCUUCAUGGGUCGGAAGAUCAUAAAAUCCUUAGCAUCUGACGUGGUGUCUAAAUCAUCUGACUUCAGUAAUGGUUUCGUCCAUGAUGAACUGGAAGAUGAUGGUGUGGCACUACUAGAAGCUGAAGCAUCAUUAGAUUACUUGUGCAACUUGGCACCACACAGAUAUGAAGCCCUAUAUGCAAAGAUGCUUCCUGAGACACUGCUGGGUCAGGAAUUCCUGAAUAGGUACAUUGAUCACAGCGAUCCCGUUACAUCGAUUGAUACAAACCGGAAAUAUGUGGUUAGAGCGCCGGCUAAACAUCCCAUCUAUGAGAAUUUCCGAGUGAAGAACUUCAAAGCAUUGCUUACUUCUACAACGUCGGAUGAUCAACUCACAGCUCUAGGAGAAUUACUGUAUCAGUGUCAUUACAGCUACAGUGCGUGCGGGCUAGGCACAGACGGAACAGAUAGGCUUGUAAGGAUGGUCCAGGAAAUGCAGCAUAGUUCCAAGUCGAAAUCUGAAGGUGGGACGUUAUACGGAGCCAAAAUAACCGGUGGAGGCUCUGGUGGCACUGUUUGUGUUAUUGGUAGGAACUCCUUGUGCAGCAGCCAACAAAUUCUAGAGGUUCAGCAGAAGUACAAAGUAGCAACUGGGUAUUUGCCAUUUAUCUUUGAGGGGUCUUCUCCUGGAGCUGGGAAGUUUGGAUACUUGAGAAUUCGUCGACGGUAG